GUUGCCAGCUGAGGCUGCGGAGGGCAGCUCUGUAGUCCAAUCGUCUUGACUGUGUGUGUUGAGUAGCUGAGACCUGUCUUAUCUUCACCUCAUAAUGCGCAGGCGUGAUCCUAUCUGAGCCCCGCAAAAAGCUGUUACCACCAGAACUAGGCGUCGUGUGCGCUGCGCUUCAUGUGGCGCGCAAACGGACACAAAUUUUUUUGACAUUGCUCUGUUUUUGCAGAUAAAGACAGUCCGGGGAAAUGAAGGUUCGUCUGCAGGCUGAUCUCUCCGAACAACACAGUCCAACCUGUGGAUAGCGUGGAGCGCGUCUGUGGCCACCGGCCAGUCUCCGCUAUCUGGGACGCUCUGCCUUCAGCCUGCUGCGCGCGUCUUGUUUUUCAAUAUAUUCACAGUUGGCUCCGGUUUGUGUCGGCGUGGGGGAUCCGGUGUUUCCGUUUGAGCUGAGCUGUGAGCAGGUAUUCAGUUUAUGAAUGGCACUGACAUGGAGGAAAUACCGUUUCAGAAAGUCAAAACCAGGCGGAAGAGAAGUCACUGUCCACCGGGCGUCCCUCUGACCACCAUCGUGUGCGAGGACGAGUUCGACUGCAAGGAGCUCGAGUCCCUCUUCCAGAACUACAACCUGAAGCUGGAGCAGACGUCCACUCUCAAAGCCCUGGCCGUGCUCAUCUUCAUGUCCUCCACCCUGGCCGUGCUGGAGUUGCUGUCCGGCCCCAGCCUCACCAUCUCCAAGGGGUCCCAUCCGGUCCACUGUGUCAUCUUCGUCUCCCUGUUCAUCGUAACUAACGUCAAGUACCUGCAAGUGACUCAGCUCCAGCAGAUCGUGAACCUGACGCUGCUCUUCGGCUUCACUUUCUCCUUCCUGUGCUGCCCCUUCUCCCUGGGCGCCAUGGGGAUGGAGCCCCCGACAUCCCCGGAGCAGGGCAUGUGGCAGCUCAUCCUGGUCACCUUCGUCGCCUAUGUGCUCCUGCCUGUUCGGACGCUGUUGGCUGUGGUGCUGGGAAUAAUGGUCUCGAUCUCGCAUCUGAUUGUGACUGCCACUUCUGUGACAGUGAAAACACAGAAACUAUGGAGAACGUUGGUUGCCAACACAGUGCUGUUCACCAGUGUCAACCUGUCGGGGCUGUUUGUGCGCAUCCUGACAGAACGAGCCCAGAGGAAGGCCUUCCUGCAGGCUCGCAACUGCAUCGAAGAGAAACUCCGUAUGGAGGACGAGAACGAGAAACAGGAGCGCCUGCUAAUGAGUCUGUUGCCCAGGAACGUAGCUAUGGAGAUGAAAGAGGAUUUCCUGAAGCCCCCAGAAAGGAUCUUUCACAAAAUCUACAUCCAGCGCCAUGACAAUGUCAGCAUCCUGUUUGCAGAUAUAGUCGGCUUCACGAGCCUGGCCUCCCAGUGCACAGCCCAGGAACUGGUUAAACUGCUAAAUGAGCUGUUUGGAAAGUUUGAUGAGCUCGCCACGGAGAACCACUGUCGCAGGAUUAAGAUCCUGGGGGAUUGUUACUACUGUGUGUCUGGACUGACCCAGCCCAAGACCGACCACGCCCACUGCUGUGUGGAGAUGGGUCUGGACAUGAUUGACACGAUAACGUCAGUAGCAGAAGCCACAGAAGUCAACCUAAACAUGCGUGUGGGCCUACAUACAGGUCGGGUGCUGUGUGGAGUUCUGGGCCUCAGGAAAUGGCAAUAUGAUGUGUGGUCAAAUGAUGUGACCCUGGCCAAUGUGAUGGAGGCAGGAGGACUACCUGGGAAAGUUCACAUCACCAGAUCUACGCUCGAGUGCCUAAACGGAGACUAUGAGGUGGAGCCUGGAAAUGGUCAUGAAAGGAACGCCUUCCUCCAAAAACAUGAAAUAGAAACCUUCUUUAUAGUGCCAUCUCACCGACGGAAGAUAUUCCCAGGAUUGAUUCUUUCGGAUAUAAAGCCCGCCAAAAAGAUGAAGUUCAAAACUGUGUGCUACUUACUAGUGCAGCUUAUGCACUGCAGGAAGAUGUUCAAGGCUGAGAUUCCCUUCUCCAAUGUCAUGAACUGCGAGGACGGUGAUAAGCGGAGGGCCAUGCGGACGGCUCCACAGAAGCUGAGGAACCGCACCAACGCUAACCAGGCUAACUUGAUCCAGAGCAGCCCCAGAACCCGGGUCAACCGCUACAUUGGUCGGCUGAUUGAGGCCCGCCAGACCGAGUCAGAUACGGCGGACCUCAACUUCCUCACACUCAUGUAUAAGUGCUCUGAGCGUGAGCAGAGGUACCACCAGGUUCCUGAUGAGUACUUCACCAGUGCAGUGGUCCUCUCUCUGAUCCUCGCUGCCUUGUUUGGCCUUGUCUAUCUUCUCAUCAUACCACAGGGCACAGUGGUACUAGUCCUUCUCGUCUUCUCCAUCUGUUUCCUAGUAGCUUGUAUCAUGUACCUGCAUAUCACUAGAAUACAGUGUUUUCCAGGGUGCCUGACUAUUCAGAUCCGCACUGUUCUCUGUAUUCUCAUAGUGCUCUUAAUCUACGCUGUGGCCCAGGCCUGUGUGGUGGGCUGUAUGCCCUGGUUGUGGGGCAGUGCCAACACAAACAGCUCCAUCGUCAUAAUCGAUGUGGACAGCGGCGCCAACCACACCAUGGCAGAGCUGCCCUGCGACGGCGCCCAUUACGCCUUCCUGUCGUGCGUGGUGGGCACACUCACCUUGGCGCUUUUCCUGCGUGUCUCCUGGUUGCCAAAGAUGGCACUAAUGCUUCUUCUGGGGGUGCUGUAUGUCACCGUGUUGGAGCUCAGCGGCUUUCGCAAGACUGCAGAUGGGGGGUCCUUCCACAUCCGGGGCUACGAGCCCAUCCUGUCUCUGUUGCUCUUUGUCAGUGCCCUGGCCCUCCACUCCAGGCAACUUGACCUCAAACUACGCUUGGACUUCCUAUGGGCUGUGCAGGCGGAAGAGGAAAGAGAUGGAAUGGAGAAAGUAAAGCUGGACAACAGAAGGAUCCUCUUCAAUCUUCUGCCUGCACACGUGGCUCAGCACUUCUUAAUGUCAAACCCCAGAAACAUGGUGAGCCACGCUAAUAGACAGGCAGGCAGGCAGACAGACCAACAGGAUCUGUACUAUCAGUCCUAUGCGCAAGUCGGUGUCCUGUUUGCAUCAAUCCCAAACUUCAAUGAUUUCUACAUCGAGCUGGAUGGCAACAACAUGGGAGUGGAGUGCCUGAGACUACUGAAUGAGAUCAUUGCUGACUUUGACGAGCUCAUGGAUAAGGAGUGCUACAAAGACAUAGAGAAAAUCAAAACCAUUGGCAGUACAUACAUGGCAGCUGUGGGACUCGUCCCCACCAUUGGUACCAAGGCCAAAAAAUCGAUUUAUGACCACUUGAGCACAAUAGCGGACUACGCCAUCGAAAUGUUUGACGUCUUGGAUGAAAUCAACUAUCAGUCAUACAAUGAAUUUGUCCUGAGAGUGGGUAUCAAUGUGGGUCCAGUGGUUGCAGGGGUGAUCGGAGCACGGAGACCUCAGUACGACAUCUGGGGGAACACAGUCAAUGUGGCCAGUCGUAUGGACAGCACCGGAGUACCAGGAAAAAUACAGGUGACUGAGGAGGUUUAUCGACUACUGAACACCAACUAUGACCUGGUCUGCCGUGGCAAAGUCAGCGUAAAGGGUAAAGGUGAGAUGCUGACCUACUUCCUGGAAGGGAAGGUCCAGGGUGUGGGCACUGUGACCACUUCCUCGGUGAUGCGCUCUGCCAGCCUGGCGCGCCGGAUCCACUCCUGCGGGAAGACCAGCGUCCCCACCAAUCUGGGCAGCGUCUCCUCCGCUGCCAGCCUCACCGCUCAUGCCAGCAUGGGUAGCAACAUUCAGAUGCACACUGCCAACAGCAGCAACAGCCAAGCAACAUGCCUGCCCUCGCCCUGCGUGCCCGCAGUCGGUGAGGAAGAAGAGGACAUAGAGGUGACGGAGAUUAAAAUCGAGGCUGUGGCAGCUGUUGCCGAUGUUGCAGUGUAGGAAGAAAGACGAGACUUAGGUGAAAUACAGCAAGAAAACCCCUGGUUGGAGGCCGAGAGAAGUCCGGGCUGUCCAGGUAUUUCCUAUAAAUCCUGAGCUACUGGCACAGUGCAGGAUAUGCUAAUUCAGGAUUUGAACUUCCAGAGAUAUGAAGUGAUAAUAAGGACAAUCAUACUUGCUUUUAGGCAUUUUUUUUUAACCGCUUGCCACUCUUUGAAGACAAAAUGUGGAAGGAAGAGAGAAGCACCCAGAAUCUCAAAUCCUCUUUUAACAUCACUAUAGCAGAUGAUUAGAUUUGCGGUGUUCUUGGGUUCCCUCUGAUCCAGGUAUAACGCGCAUCUUCGUUUUAUACUGUAUGUAGCACAUAUUCCAUGUACAGGGGGGUAUGUGCAUUGAUAUCAGAAAAAGACUGACCAUGCUAUUGCUUUUGCACUGUCUUUCUGAUUAUGCCAAGGAUACAUUGCAUUAUUUACAGUGUAAAAUGGUGUUGUUUUCUUUUUGAUGUAUGUAAGCAUGCAUGUGUGUACCUGUGAGUGUGUGUGUAUGCAUGUGUGAUCGACUUUAAUGGUAACAAAACAGCACAAAAUCCUCUUUUCUUUUAUACUCGGAGCUCACUGGAUGAAAUAGACUUUUUAUGAUACAUAUUUACAGUUAAAUAGUGCAUGACUUUUUAAGAGUUGACAGCCAUAGUAAAGAUACUUGUGUUGAAAGAAAACCAAAGUAUUGAGCUUUCCAUAGAUCUUGAGUUUUGCUACUUAUAUUGCCUCACCAGAGAAGAAAGAAAAUGUCACGGCAGGCUGAAUAUAUUUGGUGCAUGCAGCGCUUUCAGAUAUCAUCAGCAGAGCUAAAGAGUGUCUUUUUGAAUCCUCGGAAAAACAAAAUAAGGUUUCCCGAAUAUCUGAUGUUCUUGUCUUGCCCUGAUGCACAGCGGUUUAAUGUAAUGUGGCUUGUGCAAGGGAGACACACAGAAAAAAGGCAAAGGUGUGUAGGAUGGACUGGUUGGGUGUGUGCUGCUAUGGACACUAGUUAAUGCCAAAUCUAGACCAGUCAGUACUUUAGAACAUGAACAGAAGACCAACACAUCCCUGCAUUUGGUGCAAACAUAUACAGAGAAUUCCAAAGGACUUCAGGAUGGCAUUCAUUCACACAGAAGAGAGCACAUACAUAAUAAUAAGCACACGACUCCCACAAAUGCAUGACUUAGUCUUGGUGUUUCAAAUGCUCUAUGUUCAUUCACACACUUUCAGAAACUGUGGUGCAGUGUCUGGCUGCUGUCGUCUUUCAGGCAUACAUUACUCUACUACUGAUUUUUUAUUAUAUUAAAGCUACCCUUUGAGUUCUCCUCAGAAUAUAUAAGCUUAAGCACAUCUCUCAGAAAUACAGCCUCCGAAAUAUGAGGUGCUUCAGAUAUCUUUAUAGCCUGUAUCUUUAUCAGUGCAUAGGAAUUUCACUUGAUCUGCAAAAGUGUAAAUACAUCAUGUUUCAAGUUUUUGCCUUACUCAAUAAGCUUACAGUGAUUGCAACCUGCCUUUUUAGAUAUAUUCACUUUGAUAUGCAGAUCAUACUUUUUUUGUAAAUAGCCAAAAAGCUGUAAACUAUGUUGUAUCUUGUACAGUGUAAAGUUGGGUUAUUGAAUAUUUUGUAAUAAAGACAAUAUUGGUGUACAAAAUA